UCUGGAUCAUAUGCUCCCGGAGAGGAGGAAGGCGCCCCUCUUGCUUGCCUGGUUCAGUAGGAGGCACUCAAAACCCAGUGAAAUGAACUGCACCAGGGACCUACGAAAGCUUCCAGACAGGAGAAGUGAGCACAAGAGACCAUUUCAACAAGGUACUUGGACCUGUGAUGUGAAGAACCCUGUAAAAAUGAACAAGAAGAUUGAUGCCAGACAGAUGAAGACAGGUGAAGAACGCACAGAAAACAUUGGGCUUCCCCUGAAACUGCUUGACAAACAUGACCCGUGGCCAGCCUAUGUUACGUAUACCUCCCCGAUGGUGAGAAGACUCAUCGAGAAAAGCAAAGCUAGAGAACUGGAAUGCAUGCAAGCUCUAGAGAAAAGGGGAGGGACACUGAGGCAGAACAAGUCUUCCAGCAUCAUCCAUCUGAGAAGGAGAAAGUCAUCCAAGACAACCGGCAACAUGGUGUUCAUGGACACGGACUCAGAGACCACAUUAUCAGUGUGGGAUGCUUUCUCGGUGCUGGACAUGGAGCACACCGUUAUCCCAGAACCCGUACACUUUCAUACGGAUUCCAGAGAAUGUCCGACCGCAAACUAUAACAAGAUCAUCUUCUCUCAAAAACCUAUGAUGAGGACGCUUCCAUACAGCUCACUUCUGACCAGCAAGGAAAAACACUCGAAUGUUUAGGAAGGAGUCCCUGCAGCUAUCCUCUGAGAUUGUACAGCAAUUAAGCUCCAUUUGCCACAAAUUUCACUAUGUUCUUUAAAUUUGAAUGUUCCCUUGCUUGUGUCAAGGUUGGCUGUGAUAAACCA